AUGCCUGAUUAGAAGAAAAAAAAAAUAAUACACAAAAAAUGCAAGAGAAAUUUACUAGUGAGACCUCUAUUUUAUUUUUGGGGUCAAGGCGAACCUGAAUUGUUGCGAUCACCGGCGACGAAAACCAUGACACCUUAUCUCCGUUGUCCACAGUCUUCUUCUGGAUCUCCCUCUCAGCAUCAAAGUGGACCCCACCUCCCCCUCCGAGCUCCGGCGCCUCCGUCUUCAGCCGCAUGGCCAACACCUCCCUGACGGACGCCGCCGCCCUCGCGUCGCACCCCCUCCCCCACUCGAACGCGCCCCUCAGCGCGUGCUCAACACUUAACGCCCCCGCCACCACCCUCCCGUUGUUCCCCUCCACCACGUUCGCCGUCAUGUGCUUCCCCGACACAAACACCCUCAAAGCAUACCUCAUCAUCAUCCCCAUCCCCCCCUCCCCAACCCAUGGGCUUACACAAUAUAACUUGGGCCAUAGUGGGCCCAGGCCCAAUACAAAUUACAAAAUAGAACAGAAUCCCAUUUUUUAUUAUCAAUAUCAGACCACGAACAUGGCAUUGGCAAUGGGAAUAAUGGCAUCAACUACGAUUACGCUUAUUCGUCCACCACUCACAUUCCUCUCGUGUCGGAGUAACAAUAAUAAUUCUAGUUCUAGUGUUAGCGCUGCUUCUAGAAUCUUUCAUUUCCGUUCAAUCUCCGCUAUGAGCACUCCGCAAGGCUCAUCGGACUCGGCUUCCACCAAAACGGAGAGGGUGGUGAUAAAGGGGAGGGUGCAGGGAGUGUUUUACAGGAACUGGACGAUUGAGAACGCGACGCAAUUAGGGUUGAAGGGGUGGGUGAGGAACCGUAGGGACGGGUCGGUGGAGGCUCUGUUCUCCGGGAGUGUUGACGCGGUGCAGGAAAUGGAGCAGAGGUGUCGGCGUGGCCCUCCCGAUGCGGUUGUCACCGGCCUUCAGGUUUUCCCCUCCGACGAUGACCCUGCCACUACUGGGUUUCACCGCAAACCUACUCUUUGAUCGAGGUUAAUUCGUUAAUUAAUCCCCCUCAAAUGCUUCGCGCCAUUAGUUCCUUGUGAGAGUGGAGUUAUUAUACUUUGAAUUUAUUUUGAUGUUUGCUAGUUAAUGACUCGAGAGAAUUACAACUGAUUUUCAAGUUGUACAAUCUAUCUUUUUAGAUUAUUAGAUUCCGGUGUCUGUUGCACUGCAGAAUGUAUGUGUGGGGGAAGAAACAAUAAACAUAUGGCUAAAUACGUCAUGAAAUACUGUAAUGAUCAUGGACAUUACUGGCAUAUUAGGCCAAUGCAAGUAGGUUAGUGAUAUAAAAUUUACGUGGGAAAGAGAAAGAGAAGAGGGAAGAAGAAUAGAAGAGUGAGAGAGAAACAGAGAUCAAGAACUAAUUAGUGCACUUCUAUUAUUAUUAUUAUUAUUAUUAUUAUACAACAGUUAUGCUUUGUUUAGGCAA